UUGUGCGCCCGCCCGCCGCAGCGCGCACUACACUAACGCGCGCCAAAUUUGAAAAUUCAAAUACCGAACACUCGAAUUUUGAAAAUCGAACGUUGUGUUUUUGUCAACAAUAGUGCAUAUCUCUGUGUUGUGUUCCAAUACUAAAGUGACGUUUGUAAGUUGCCAGUGUCUCCGUUUGGGGACCGACUUUCACCUACUUAAAGUUUUUGCAAGCGCUUAGGCCCAUUUGAGGCCUUAGCCGGGGGAGAGAUGGUGUCACGACGGCGAAUUCUGUCGCGUUCACGAGACGACCUCACACAGGCUCUCACAAACCAAAUGGAGGAGGAGGAAGACGUCUGGUAUCAGAAGGAUAAGCUAUAUAAGGAACACAUACAGGAAGUGCUAGACAAAUGGACACAGAUCGAUGAUGAAAUUUGGGCGAAGGUGAUUGUAUUUGAAAAAAAUAGACGCGUGGCGAAAGCAUACGCGCGUGCGCCGGUGUUAACUAUAAAUGGAUCAGAUGACGGAUUUGACGGCAUGAGAAUUGGCCUUUGCGGAUUCGAUAACCCACACAGAGAUCAGAAGACAGACGAAUUAAAAAGACAUAUAGGACAGGGUGUCAAAAUAAAGAUGGACGACGCCGGUAACAUACUCAUCAGGCGCUACUCCAAGAGUAGUGUGUUUGUGAAGAGUACGGCAGCCACAAGCAACGAGGAAACUGCAAUAGGACAGGAUAUACUCAAGCUACCCGGCUACUCGCUCGAACAGGAGAAAAUUUUCAAAUUAUUCGACAUGAAGAAAUUCCAGUCAAACGUGAACCGUGAGCUUCGCCGUGCAUACCCUGACCGCAGACGGUUGGAGACGCAGUGCCUCAGUGCAGUAGCAUUUGUCAAAUCGGACAGCGAACUGCUCGAGUGUCCCAUAUGGGUGUUAGUCAUCAACGUAGUCGCUAUGGACAUGCUCAAAUCUAAAUUGCCUCCAGUUCAAAGACCUAUGGACAUCAAGAACAGACCUCGCAUUCCUAUCCCAGAUGAGGAUCCAUACAGCAUCGCUAGUUCGAACGCAAACGGAUCAGGAUCUAGUGGUAGCUCCGGCGGCUAUGGACAUAACGGUCACGGCGUGGUCGCAGCCACGAGGGAACAGCUAAUGAUGCAGAUGGGCCAGAGGAGAGGGGACAAACCGCCCAAGCUACCCCCCAGGGAGAACGGAUACGGGCCUGCUGAUAUUCCUAAGCCGGAUUACGAUGAUAUAGAGGUGAACGAGCGCGUCCCAACACAGUUCCCGAGAGGCAAGUCCGACAAAGGGAAAGACAACAAGAAAUACGAUGACCCAUACUACUGCGGAUUGCGAGCCCGUGUACCCAACUUUGUGAAGACCAACGGCGCUAAGGUGCUGCCGUCAAUGGCAGAGAGGAUGACUCUUAAAGAGGCGCCAGUACCAAGCAAACGCUACAGCGUGGCUCAUCCUCACCCAGGGCCGUUCCUGCCGCAUAUGCCGCCGUUUGCUCACGCCCCCAUGCCACCAGCAGCUCUAUGGCACGCACGCUCCUACGAGAGCGGAAUCGAUGGCGAUCCCUAUGACCCAUACGCGUUGUAUGGCCGUCUUCCCAUACCUGGCCGCGGCUUUCCACCCCCACCGGCGCCGAAUGCACGCCACAUGUUCAUCGGAGAAUGGGAUUAAGGCUACUUACGGAGACAUGGUUUCCUCUUAAACAAAAGAUACCGUCACAUCUACCCUUCAUAUGUUUUUUAUUCCUAUCGAUUAACUAUUAGUUAAACCAAAGACUCGAAGUCUUUAACGAAAUAAGAUUUGUAACUUAUUUAAAAUUUAAAUGUGACCGUAUCUUAGAAAAACGUUCCAAUAUGAACAUUGUAAAUAUUUGCAUAUUUGUAAAUUAUAAUCGACGAUUAAGUUCAUUUGGUAGUCUAAAUUGGAACAAAUUUCAUGUGCACAAAUCGAAGAUAAUAAAUAUCUACAUGUCAAUAAAUAUUAUAAUUGAAACUAGAAUAAUACUUAAUAUUUAAAUAUCUAUAGUAUUAAUUCUGUAUGUUUUUACAAUUAAUUGAUAAUUAAGGGAACUUUAGACUUCAUAUUUCCAUUGUUUAAUAUAAUUUCUUUGUAUUGUCUUUGUAGUAAGUAGCUUUUUUAUUGUAAUUAAAAUAUUAUUGUAUAAACUAUUAUCUACAUUGUAAUUGUAAGGCUACUCAUAUACAUUCGGUCAGUCGUCUGAUUGCUCGCAAAUACAUUCCUAUAGAUUCGAACUUGCUAAUUUGUUGGCUACGCUUCGUCCUCUUCUUAGAUGCGUCAAUCGAAGUCCAUUGGAACUAUUUAGAACGUUGAUCGCAUUCGGAUAAUCUGACCACUAGCCGACUGUAUACUAGCAGCCUAAGUUAAUUGAUCACUGCCGAUUUAACGACUUAUGCGAUUUCAGUACCACCCGCGUUUUAAUCGCUGUUUAUGUAAUUAGAGUAAGGUGUCAAUCCUAGUCAAAACUGGGUUGGGAAUAUAUACAAUUGGUAAAAGGCGGAUAUAUACAUUACAUAGGUAAGUAAUGAAAUAUGAAUAAUACAUCUACGUAUGCAACGUGAAUAAUAUAAAUACUUUAUUCCAUCCCAAAAUAAAAUAAAAAUAAGAAAAAAUUAAAUUUGUUGUUUAUGGUAUUCAUAAACAAUAAAUGUAAUUUUUAUGUACACAUAAAUAUUUCAGUCGUUAUGGCUGCACUGCCAAGGUUUCGACAACCGACCCAAAAUUUUUGUUUUCAAUUACUGGAAUAAUGAUCAAAAUCAAAUAUUUAAUUAAGUAAUUCGGAUACUAAAAUCACUUGUGAUACAAAUUUCCAUUGCAGUCUGGUAACAUACUUAGUUAUUAUGUUUAUGAAAUUAUAAUCCUUAAGAUUAUUUAUAGAACAAUCGAUUCUUUUUUUUAUUUGACAUGAUUACAACCUUGCUUAUAUGAAUUUAUUUAAGUUAAGAUAGAAAACAUAGGAGUGUAAUAUUGUAUUUGAUAAUAAUAUUAUCGUAUUGUAAAUAUUUUGUUUAUAUUUUUGAAGUGUGAAUAAAAUCACUAUUUUAUCCUUCCAAUACUCAAAUGUCUAAAUAUAAUUAGUUAAGUGUCUAAUACUUUUGUACAAUCAGCUAACCAAGUUUAAUGUUAUUUAUUAAAAUAAUUACUCUAUCUUUGUGUAUUUUUAAAAUUAGAUUUAUAUAUUUUAUACAUUAUGUAGUUAGCUAUUUAGGAUAUAGGCCCUUAAAAGAACGUUAUGUGAAUAAUAAGGUUCUUUUAAGCUUGUAAAUAGAUUACGUUGAUUGCGGAAAACAGAAAUUUAAACAUAUUUGUACAUUCAAAAUUAUUCGGAGGUGCUACCAACGUUACCAUUUAAUCUCUUUUAUAUAUAUAACAUUGUAGUUUUAUUUUAUGAUAAAUGUAUUCCCAUAGUACUUAUUGACUUAUUUAUGGACAUUACUUACGUUAUCAGCAUCGACAUAAUAAUAUUGAAGGAUUUUGAUGCAUUCGAAAGUCAAAGCAAAAGUACAAGAAUGUUUCGUCACUGCUGAACUCUGUAAUUUAAAACUGUAUUGGGUGAAAAAUAUAGGUAAAGUUUGAAUUCAAUAAAAUUAUCAAUUCUUUUUAAACCUUUGUAUAUAUAUA